UAUCCCUUGUUCUUUCCUGCACAGGUAUCAGAGAUGAAACCCACAAGCCAGUUCCUUGGCACAACAGAGUACGACUAUGGAUACGAUGAAAACACUGCUCCAUGCAAUGAAGGAAGCGGCUUUCGCAGGUUUAAAUCCCUCUUUCUGCCGAUUCUUUACUGCCUUCUGUUUAUCGUCUGCCUUCUGGGAAACUCCUUGGUCCUUUGGGUUCUCCUGACAAGGAAAAGGCUGACAACGAUGACUGACAUCUGCCUGCUGACCCUUGCAGCCUCCGAUCUCCUUUUUGUUGUGCCUCUCCCUUUCCAAGCCCACUAUGCUUCAGACCAGUGGGUUUUUGGCAAUGCUAUGUGCAAGAUAAUGGCUGGCAUUUAUUACAUAGGUUUUUAUAGCAGUAUUUUCUUUAUAACUCUCAUGAGCAUAGACAGGUAUAUAGCAAUUGUCCAUGCUGUCUAUGCCACGAGGAUACGGACAGCCUCUUGCGGCAUAAUUAUCAGUUUAAUCCUGUGGCUGGCGGCUGGCUUGGCUUCUGUACCCAACAUCAUGUUCAACCAGCAGCUGGAAAUUGAGCAGUCUCUGCAGUGUGUCUCCACAUACCCCCCGGGUGACAAUACCUGGAAGGUUGCUUCUCAGUUUACUGCCAAUAUCUUAGGCCUCUUGAUUCCCCUUAGCAUCCUCGUUUGCUGCUAUGCCCAGAUACUGAAAAACCUGCAAAAAUGCAAAAAUCGGAACAAGAUCAAAGCGAUCAAGAUGAUUUUUAUCAUCGUCAUUGUUUUCUUCCUCUUCUGGACUCCUUUCAACAUUGCACUGUUCCUAGACUCCCUGCAGAGCCUGCACAUCAUCAAUGACUGCAAGGUGAGCUACCAGAUAGCCCUGGCCCUACAGCUGACUGAAACCAUCUCCUUCAUCCACUGCUGCCUGAACCCCAUGAUCUACGCCUUUGCUGGGGUGACAUUCAAGGCCCAUCUUAAAGGACUACUUCAGUCGUGUGUCUUCUCCAGCCCUGUUGGAGGUGCCAGGGCUGGUCGGUCUUUUUCAGUGCCCACCCAGCUCUCUGGCUGCUCUGACAGCAUAGGGUUCCUAUGA